CCUCCGACACCUCCGACCAUCCUUAUCCUCCUCCGACUAUCCUUAUCCUCCUUCGUCUUCCAGGGCAUCGGCGUCCCCCGUCCCUCGGACAUCCAACCGCUCCACGCUCCGCGGUAAUCCGAGAUCUCCGGUCUCUUUCCCGGAUUAUUUUUAAAUCGUUUUGAUUCCAUCGCGAACAUUUCGCGGACGCAAAGGCGCAAAGACAACUAAAUAAUUCGUCGCCUGGUGAAGAUCUACCUAACCGUGCCCCCUCUUUCUUAAUACCGGGGUGGAAACGCUCGCGGUAGUGAUCGCGCUUUUUUCCUUUGUUUUUGGUUUUUUUCUGACGUUCACUGCUGUUUUCCAUUCGUUAUUGUUCCGUUUCUCGCAUGUUGAGCGCUUCACUCCGGAUCUCUUCUCUUGCGCGAUGUAUUUGUUUUCCGACGGCAUCAAGAAGAACUACGGAUCGUCGGUGUUUUUCAUUUAGGCUCCGUCGGUAUGUGCUAGCGAACCAGUUUUUACCCCAGGAAGCUGAGCGAAGUUGACGAAACCGGGAUAAGAUAUAACAGGGCUCGAUGAUGUUCGUGCAGUGGCUAUGCUGGUGCUGUCUUUACGCGACAGUCUCUUCGUCUGCAAUGCAAGAUCCAGAAGAGGUCAGCGUUCCUAAGCGGACAGACCACAUUAACAAGACACCCUCUCCUUCAUAUGCAUUCAGGUCGUCAUUGAGCAAGGACAACACGGGGCUCAUAGGGGCCUCUCCAGCGGCUCUGCUGGGCCCGGGCAACUCUCCCAUGCACAUUCCGCUCAAGUUCUGGGAGAACCCCCGCAAGUCGGUCAUGAAACCUCGCCGUAAGGAUCUCCUCGAGCCCCAUCUCAUGAAACUUCUCGGCAAGGAUUUCGAUUACAAGUGGAUGCGGCGAUCAAAAGAACAAACUGUCCCAUCCCUGGUAGGCAAAGGCGAGGCGGAAGGAAAGACUAUAAGAGCACUACGGGCUCUGGUGAGUCAGAACCACAGCCACGACGAGCUGUUACAACUGCCGGGGAACCUGCCUGAUCAGUACAAGGAGCUGGUAAAGCAGUGGCUGGUCCGGCGGGCCACGUGCCCGGUGCGGUUUGCCUGGGUGGAUUUAGGUCCCUACUUUUGGCCCCGUUGGAUCAGCAAGGGAGAGUGCAUCAACGAUCAGGCUUCCUGUAGUUGGCCUCCCGGCAUGUCCUGCACUCCGAGCACUCUCAAAGUCAUCAACAUCCUUCGCUGGCAUUGCAGAUUGCGGAGGCCAGACGAGAAAAGGAAACAAAAGCCCGAGAAUACGAUGACGCCUCAAAAGGGGACGAAAGAGUACCAGAAGAUGAAGAAGCGAAAAAAGUACAAGUGCAUGUGGGUCAAAGUUCCCUAUUCGGUAACUGAAGAGUGUUCUUGUUCUUGUUCUAAAAAUCUGUUGUAAAUAUUAGGUACAAAUACAUUAAAAUGUGAAUUUAUAUAAACAUAUGUUCAUGUUUGAAUUUUAAGACUUACGAGUUACGAUUGCGUAGCGAAUUUUUUAAUUCAGAUAGCUUCUCGUUGUUGUAAAUUACACUGCGGUAUGGAUGGUAAACGUUCCCGGUGCUAGAAAAAAAGAAAGUAAAAAAACCAGGGGAACGCAAUUUUCUUCUUGAAGAGGAUUAAUAGCUGAUAUUUAUGAGGCAUACUUUGAUAUAAUAAUUUUAGUAUAGAUGACUUGGAGGAGAAAGUUUAGCUUAAAAGUACGCUUUAAACCCUUUUGGUAUUUUCAUGCAUGAAAGUGAAUGGAUUUUUACGUGUGAAGAAGGGCAUAUCAUGUCAAAGUUUUCAAAUCACAUUUGACCUAAAAUUUACAUUCAAGUUGUACAUAUUCCAUGCAAAGAUGAUCAUGGACAAGCAUGGACCAUGCAGUUUGCAAAUGCGUGCGUUUGCGUAAUUUGUUGAAUUACCUACAAACUUACCUUCUGAAAAUUAAAAAAAAAGUAAUUAAAAGUUAGAAGAGUAUUUGUAUACGAUUGUAGGAAGUUUUUAUACGUAAAAAAACUCUUUAAAAACCUCAUUUUCUCGUACUCAAAUUUUUUUAUCAAGUAAAACGUGUCAAAUUUUAAUUAAAUGAUUUUCCAAAGUUUCUGGAUCACUCUUCUAAAAUUAUUUUCUAAUAAUUUGAUUUUUCAAAUAAGAAGAGGAUGGAAAAAAGGAAAGGGUGAAGAACAAUUUAUAAACAGCUGUAAUAUUCUGGAAUAUCUCCAUCACGCUGUUUAAUCCUAAUGAAAGGUUGUCUUUGUUUAACUUGUCGUAUUCUGUGACAUUGAAGGCGCACCAUGUGACAAAAUUAACUGUUCGUCCAGUUCUGUCAAAGAAAAUUGUUAAAUCCAAUUCUAGAGGAAUUGCAUACAUAAUAGAGGUGCUAACUCAAAAUUCAGGUGCGUGGGGGACGUGAGGGGAGAGGGUUACUACUCGAGUCCAACUUUGCUAUGUCGCAAGCGAUUGAACUCCUUAGCCGUUAACUCGAUUAUUUUGCCUCCAUUGAUAUCCGCGUAUUUUUAGAACGGUUAAACUUUGGCUAAUUAUUUUUCAACACAUAAACGGCGAAACUCCAAAACCAACUAUCUUAG